CCUGAGAACUAAACCACAAGACAAACAGUUACCACUUUCUCUCCUGGUGAUUUAGUUUGGAUGUGGAUUGAGAUGCAGAGGGAACCCAGUUCUGCAGAAAUCCUCCCUGACAAAACCAAACCAGGGAAAUUAAGUAAAUCCAAAAAGGAUGAAACAACAAAUGACGAGAGAUUUUAUUCACCAGAUAUUCCAGAGCCCAGAAACAGAGCUGAGCUGAUGAAAUAUUGGAUUAAUCUGACUUUGGAUAAUAAAACAGCCAAUAAGCUGCUGUGGAUUUCUGACGGCGGGUCGAAGGUGUGUCGCAGAACCAAAGAGGUUUGUCCUGUGCUGGACGGACCGGAGAGAUUCGAAUAUUCUCCACAGGUGUUGUGCAAGGAGAGCAUUUGGAAGCGCAGGGCUUACUGGGAGGUUGAGUUUUCUGGCUGGGUGGCUGUCGGCGCUUCGUACGACCAAGCAGCGAGGAGAGCGUAUUCUGGGAUGAGCGGCCUGGGAGAAAACGAGCAGUCCUGGGGUUUGUGCUGGUCGGGCAGCUGUUACCAGAUCUGGUUCGACUGCAACCACGAAGACAUCAGCGACGUCCCGUUCUGCUCCAGGAUCGGGAUGUACGUCGACCAGCCGGCCGGGAUCAUUAACUUCUACGCUGUGGCCGGCGACGGCGCGGAGAGGGAGGUCAGGCUGCUGCACCGAGUCACGACCACCAUGGAGAAAAAGAUUCUUCCAGGGUUCUGGCUGGGAAUUCAGUCUUCAUGCACCUUACUGCGGAAAACGGAAUGAGCCACGGCAACUGGCGCUGUUCUGUUUAAACUCUGAAGAAGUAUGAAUGUUGGUGUAUUUUAUUGGGAUUUAUGAGCUACACUAACACGAAGUAUUAAAUAAACCGUGAAGUGGAAGAAAAUGGAUGAUUAUAAACUUAAUUUAAAAAGAGACAAUGUAUAAUAAAUGUCAGCAUUUGGCGCGCGGCACCAGAUUAUAGCAUUUAAGCUCAUUUGGAUCCAUUGUUUUCCAAAUAAAAAUAUGGAAGGUUAUGCAUUUAUGCUGAUGCCUGUAAAUAAAAUCCAGGGGAACUAAUAGAAAAUACCUUAUAGUGGAGUUAAGGGUGCGUUCACACCAGCCCUGUUCAGCUUUAAGCUGUAGUUCAUUUGCCUGGAGAGUCCGGUUCGUUUAGGGAGUUCUGGUCCGCCUACCAGCCGCUCCAAAAGCAGGAAGCGAAGAGCAGCGCAGGGCAUUCUGGGUAAAUACAACCAAAACAAACAUGGCGGUCCAGCUGGUCUUUUACCAAAGACAAACCAGAAAUCCUACAAACGCUAAAAUCUGACGCUACGCCACGUUUGGUUACGUUUCUUGAAGAAGGAAGUUGCGCUCUGAGUUUUCAAGUCAUUUCCUGAAUCCAACUGGGAAAUUUGGCAAGAAAUGGAAAAUAUAGAGAAAUCCUCCCAACAAACUUACAGCUGUAAUAUUAGCAAAACGAGUUUCUGCAAAUACUAAAUGUGAUUAAGUUCAAAUGUAAAGAACUGUAAUUAUUCUGGAUGGUUCAGUGGUUUUCAAAUCUCUAAAAAUAAACAUUUUUGGAACUAA